AUGCCGCCCAAGGCAUCGAAGAAGGACGCCGAGCCGGCGGAGCGCCCCAUCCUCGGCCGCUUCUCCUCCCACCUCAAGAUCGGAAUCGUUGGGUUACCCAAUGUUGGCAAAUCAACUUUCUUCAACAUAGUAACAAAGUUGUCCAUCCCGGCUGAGAACUUCCCAUUCUGUACCAUUGAACCAAAUGAGGCACGGGUACAUGUUCCGGACGAACGAUUUGACUAUCUUUGCCAACUUUUCAAGCCAAAGAGUGAGGUGGCUGCAUAUCUGGAAAUCAACGACAUAGCCGGGCUUGUUAGAGGAGCAAGUGCAGGGGAGGGUCUGGGCAAUGCCUUCUUAUCCCAUAUACGUGCUGUUGAUGGAAUCUUUCAUGUCUUGAGAGCAUUUGAAGACACGGAAAUCACUCAUAUUGAUGAUACAGUUGAUCCUGUUCGUGAUUUGGAAACUAUUAGUCAAGAACUGAGGCUCAAGGAUAUAGAGUUUGUGCAGGCUAAAAUUGAUGACCUUGAGAAGUCAAUGAAGAGGAGCAAUGACAAGCAACUUAAGAUAGACCAUGAAUUAUGUCAGAGGGUCAUGACACAUCUCCAAGACGGGAAAGACGUACGUUUAGGAGAAUGGAAAGCUGCUGAAAUUGAGAUCUUGAAUGCCUUUCAGCUGCUUACUGCUAAGCCAGUUGUUUAUUUGGUGAACAUGAGUGAAAAGGACUACCUGAGGAAAAAGAACAAGUUUCUACCAAAGAUACAUGCUUGGGUGAAAGAACACGGUGGUGAGACUAUUAUUCCUUUCAGCUGUGCCUUUGAACAGAAACUAGUGGAUAUGCCAGAAGAUGAAGCUGCUAAAUAUUGCGCCGAAAACCAGACAGCAAGGCAAGUCAUUUUGAUCCCCAAAAUCAUCAAGACUGGUUUUGCAGCAAUUCAUCUCAUAUACUUCUUCACAGCUGGUCACGACGAGGUGAAGUGCUGGCAGAUCAGACGUCAAUCUAAAGCUCCUCAAGCUGCUGGUGCAAUUCACACUGAUUUUGAAAGAGGCUUCAUUUGUGCUGAGGUAAUGAAGUUUGAAGAUCUAAAAGAGCUGGGCAGUGAAUCUGCUGUCAAGGCUGCUGGGAAGUACAGGCAGGAAGGGAAGACGUACGUGGUGCAGGAUGGAGACAUCAUCUUCUUCAAGUUCAAUGUUUCUGGAGGCGGAAAGAAGUGA